CUACAAGCAACGUGUGAAAGAGAGAUCACUAUAAGAUCCUUCAAAAGUGCAAAUUCAUGACCACUCUGAUUUGAAACUUAUCAUGACUUGUUUAGGUUGGUUUUCGCAUGUGCAAGUCGGGAGUGAUUACGUUUUGGUUGUGAGUAACCGUUAUGUCCUUUUCACCCUGUUCCGCGACGGGGUUGAUAAUCAGUCGUGCUGAAACCGUCCGCUGCGUCGCUCGCUCCUAACUCUACAUAUAAAAUAAAUAUAUUUUAAUAACAACCACAAAUUUGAACAGCGAAAUAGAUUUUAUAUCUUUGCUAAAUAGUGAGAUUUAUAUAUUUUAGUGCAGUGUAUAAAAGAGAUAUUUAUAGUGUUUAACUUUUUAAAGUUGAAGUUAAUCAAGAAAAAUAAACAUGAAGACUUCAUCGUUUUCCCUGCGUGUGAUGAGAAGGGCUCGGAGCGCUAGCACCAGUAGCUUUAGGAGUGUAAGUCAGGCGCGGAACAAACCCGCAGACGGCGGUGGGCACGUCAACCAGAAGAACGCGGCGGGCCAGAAAGCAACGCCGACGAGUCAAAAAGGUGGUCCCAAAACACCCGUAAAGCCGUCAGCGCAGAAAGGAGCAGCGAAGACCGCGCCGCCGAAACAGGCCGCGGCCGCCGCUGCCGCUGUCAAAACUCCUCAGGGGAAGAAGAAGAAGGGACACAAGCACCAGCAGUAUGAGCUCAUUGUUACUAUUAAUCUGUCCGAGUAUGGCCUUACAGAGGAGCAGGUGGCAGAGUUCAAAGAAGCCUUUAUGCUGUUCGACAAAGACGAAGAUGGCACGAUCACGAUGGCGGAGCUGGGUGUCGUCAUGCGCUCGCUGGGGCAGAGACCUUCAGAGACUGAGCUUCGAGACAUGGUGAAAGAAGUGGACCAAGACGGCAACGGCACCAUCGAAUUUAACGAGUUUUUGCAGAUGAUGUCCAAAAAGAUGCGCGGCGCAGACGGCGAGGACGAGCUUAGAGAGGCUUUCAGGGUAUUCGACAAAAACAACGACGGUCUAAUUUCCUCGGUGGAGUUGCGCCACGUGAUGACCAACCUCGGCGAGCGGCUCAGCGAAGAGGAGGUGGACGACAUGAUCCGCGAGGCUGACCUCGAUGGGGACGGCAUGGUCAACUACGAUGAGUUCGUGACAAUAUUGACGUCGAAAAACUAGUAUGCAGAGCAAACGCCGACGAGAGAACCUCCCCCUCGAGCACCGGCUCCCCGUAAGGACAACAACGUCAGCACCCCCCCUUACGGGGACGUCUACAAACACGGUGGGAAAGAAACUCUUAUAUAAACGGGACGGCAUUAAACGAACAGUGACAAUUCAUUAACCAGUGUUAACGUUAACGAUAAUUAUCCGUUAUUUUAGAUCGCGCUUGGUGGCAGUGUAUACGUACUUAAUGUUUAGAUGUGUGUCAAGUUUGCUACAAAUUGGGAGGAAAAAAUAUGAAACUUUUUCUCCUAAUUUUAAUGCAGGAAGCUAGAAUUGUGAAUUGAAUUAAACGCCGUUACAAGUUAGUUGAUUUGAAAUAGAGAAUUUUAGAUUGUUAGUUAAAUAAAUGUUUUAAAGACUGCUAGUGUAGUCGAAAUCAUUUGAUAUUUAACGUUAAAAUUCAUUUAAUAAUACAGUUUGUUUUUAGUUAUUUUAGUAACAAAAACAAGUCUGAUAUUAAAUUAAUAAACAUACUUAACUAACUUGUAACAGCUAAAGCAUACUAAUCGAUAUAAAUAACCUAAUCUUAAAGAAUAGAUAAUAAAAACAACUAAAGUUACCUUAACAGCCAGUGUAAAUUACAUCAUAGAUAUAAUAAAGAGCAUUGUCAUAGAUUCACUAGGUAGAGAUAAAAUUAAAAUAGCUGUUAACAGAAA